GCCGCCGCCUACUCCUCCUCCUCCUCCUCCUCCUCCUCCGGCCGGCACCUGACGCGCGGGGCUCCCGACAUCCCCCCCCGGCCCGUCCCUCCCGUCCCUCCCUCCCCUCGCCUCUCCCGGAGCUCUCCCGUGCAAGCGGGAAGACGAGCGGAACCGCCGAGCGCUGCCGGCGCUGCCCAGCGCAGCCCCCCGGAGCAUGCGAGGGCAGCGGGGGGGCACCGACCUCGCUGCCCCCCCGGGGCUGAGCGGCGGCGAGAGCCGGUGGUGGGGAGGGGGGCAGAACGACCGGACAGUGUGAAGAGGGCUGGGAGGGGGGACGAGGAGCAGCGCAUCCUCCAUCCCGGCUGGGGGGACUGAGCCGUUCCCCAGGGCGGUGGUGCUGGGGAAAACGAGGUGCUGAGCGAGUUUUGGAGGGGGCUGCGGGGAUCAUGCCGAGGGGGCUGUGCCUCGGCAUCGCUUUCUCCUCGCCCUCCAUGGAGCCCGGACCUUUUCUACAAUGACUUUCCCUGAGCUGAGCAAUGGCAGCUUGAGUGGGAACCGGACGGGACAGGGAAGCCAGAGCGGUGCCAAUCGGUCCUGGGGACUGCAAGGUGAGGAGACCCCCGAGGGCAAUGGCACCACGCUGACUUUCGCCUUGGACGUGCAGGCGGUGGGCGUCGGGGUCUUCCUGGCCAUCUUCAUCCUCUCAGCCAUCGUGGGGAACAUCCUCGUCAUCCUCUCGGUGGCUUGCAACCGGCACCUGCAGACAGUCACCAACUACUUCAUCGUCAACCUGGCCAUUGCUGACCUGCUGCUCAGCACCACUGUGCUGCCCUUCUCAGCCACUUUGGAGGUGCUGGGCUUCUGGGUGUUUGGGCGCAUCUUCUGCAACAUCUGGGCAGCUGUGGAUGUGCUGUGCUGCUCUGCCUCCAUUAUGAGCCUCUGUAUCAUCUCUGUGGACAGGUAUAUCGGUGUCAAGUACUCCAUCAAGUACCCCACAAUCAUGACUGAGAGGAAGGCGGGGGUCAUCCUCGUGGUGGUCUGGCUCUCGUCCAUGGUCAUCUCCAUUGGGCCACUGCUGGGAUGGAAGGAACCACCACCGCCGGAUGAGAGCAUCUGUAGCAUCACAGAGGAGCCAGGCUAUGCCCUGUUCUCCUCCCUCUUCUCCUUCUACUUGCCCCUCAUGGUCAUCCUGGUGAUGUACUUCAGGAUCUACGUGGUGGCCAGACGGACCACCCAGAGCUUGGAGGCAGGGGUCAAGAAGGAGAGGAAUAAAUCCAUGGAAGUGGUACUACGUAUCCACUGCCGCAGCGUGCUGGAGGACCCACUCUCCAGCACCCGGAGCAAGGGACACAACUUCAGAAGCUCCCUCUCCGUGAGGCUCCUCAAGUUCUCCCGUGAGAAAAAAGCAGCCAAGACUCUCGCCAUCGUUGUGGGUGUUUUCAUCCUCUGCUGGUUCCCCUUCUUCUUCGUCCUACCUUUUGGUUCUUUUUUCCCAUCUCUGAAGCCCUCUGAAAUGGUCUUCAAGGUCAUCUUCUGGCUGGGAUACUUCAACAGCUGCGUGAACCCCAUCAUCUACCCAUGCUCCAGCAAAGAGUUCAAGCGAGCUUUCAUCAGGCUGCUCAAGUGCCAAUGCCACCGGAGAAGACGGCCCAUCUGGCGUGUCUAUGACCACCACUGGCGAGGGGCCUCCGUGAACAGCUCAAUGCAAGACUCUGAGACAGACCUGAGGCCCAGGAUUAACACCCUGAACAGCUCAUUCAUAUUUAACUCCUCAUUGCAGGAGAGGGCCAGUAAGAGGCGAACACUCAGCUUCAAGGGCUGGAAAAUGCUCACUCCUUUCCAGAAACCAGCAUCCACUCAGCUGAAGGAGAAGAUGAACAGCCUUUCUAAUAAAAUCCGGGGUGGUUCCAGUAAAGGGGGGGCUACAGCCACCUACAAAACAGAGGUGGAGUCUGUUUCUAUCGGGAUCCCUCAUGACUUCGUGGAAACCAUUGACUAUCAAACCCAUGACUUAACAGACUGCUGCGGGCUGCGAGAAACAGAUAUUUGAAGCCAUUGGGACAGCUGUCGGUGGUUUCUUUAGAGGUAUCAUCUAGCAGAAACAUGAAGGGAUACCAUCUGUGGGUCUGUCAGGCAGACUGGAAGCAGCAAUCAGGUAUAAAAUGCAGUUGCCCAAAGGUUAUACAAGCAUCCUCCAUGCAGAGGUCAGCCCCUUCUCCAGGAUUAUGGGUUCCUCAAAAAAGAGCCAAUGGUGUAUCCCAUUUCAAUGAGCUGCAGCAAGAGGGGAAGGUGUGGGGUGGAUAUGUGGAUGUGGCCCAGUGAAAAGAGUUGUUUCCUCCAGUGGAUGGUUAUCUUUGACUUUGGAAGAAUCCGUGCAGUUAAGGGAAACCAGCAUGUCUCCUUUGCCUUAAAAACACCACUGCAAAAUCUAAUGGAAAGAUCAAACCCAGAAAGAUGCCAACCCUGCCUUAGUCCAUGUGAUCAUGUUUCCAUCCAGAGGCAGCACCCAGAAAGGAUGUUGCUGAGCAGUAACUGGCAGCUUAUCCUUCAGAUAAUGGGUUGGGAGCUUGUAGGUCCACAGGGCUGGGCGGGACCUCCAGCCGAGGCCUUUGCUCCUUUGCUUUGGAGGGUGAGCAGACUGCGGUAUUCCCAAGCAGGGUGGCGGGAUCCUGGCUCUCAGCCACCAUGUCUGCAGUGACCACAGCUUUUCCCCUUCCAUGUAAUCCAGUUUCAGGCCAGACAAGCAGUCCAGGUGUAUACGCUGAUGCCAAUGGGUGUGCAGGUCUCUCUUCUUUAAUUCCAACCUGUGACGCAUUUCUCAUUUCACUUUCCAGUGAAACACUUGCAACUCGCCUUGCUCUAGUGUGCAACCCUCUACAACAGAGAAAGCAGCUCCUUUUGGUGUCAGUUAUCCCCAGCCUUUUCUGUCCCCUUCUUGCUCUUGUUGUCUCUCUCAAACAACAUGGAAUAAAGAUGAAUCCUAGGGGCUGUGCUCAGGUCCGCAGUCAGCCUUCGCUGUGGCUCAGGAAAGGUGACCCAUUUCUACUACCCAUAGAGUCAAAGCUAAAACUAAUGUGAGGUUCAGUUGGAACCCCUUCGUGCAGAUGGAUCUGCUCCCCAGUCAGGGUCAUGCUCAUAGCUCUUCUCCCAGGUGGCUUUCCACACACCUGAUACAUCAAAACCUUUGGUAGCUAUGAACAACUGUCCUUGGUUAUGUCUGCUAACAUAGUAAAGCAAUGUCGAUAAGGAGGUUUUUUUGCCCUUCUCACCACCCCAGAAUGUGAGCUCCCCUCAGGAGGGCACGGUGGCCACCUCUGGGGACUGCAGGGAGGUUGGCCAUGUUUUUCAGACACUGGUUUAUCAAAUUUCAGAGAGAGAAUGAGACACAGAGCAAUAUCAUUAGAUCAGUCACUGGGCAGAUCCAGGACACAUGUAGACGAUAGAGGCAAAGUCUGGAUCUGAGAUGCAGUAUCUCAAGCCAGGUGAGUGAAGAACAGGAACAUGAAAUCGAAGGGUGGAGACAUGACACUGAAUAUGUGUUGAAUGGAAACUCAUCCACACCAGCACUGUCCCUCAGACCCAUUAGGAGCCAUUCACUAAAGUACCUCCAGCACAUCCAACUAGUCCUCUAAAGGAGGGCUAUCAAAGGAGACUAAAGGCUCCUAGGCAUAGCAAAGAAAAUGUCACCUUUCUUUCUGCUGUUCAUCUGCUUAAAAGGAAAUCAGAACAGAGAAGCUGUACUUCUUUUAUUUUUUACUUUUUUUGUACAGUGCAUACUGAGACACAAUUUCUAGAGUUGGCCCGUCUCAACACCCUUAACACCCUUCCGCCCUUUACUCAAUGCAAGACCCUGAACUGGAUGAAUUACUGCACUAAGACCUCCAGAUUUUGUCCAAAUAUUUUACUCCCAGCGAUGAACCCCACCAAGGCACAUGGGGAGCAUUGCGCUGGCAUUGAACCCAGACUCAUUACUGUCUGCAAAAUCAGCUAGACAUUGCCAGCCUUAGAAGUUCAGCCCUACCAAAGCAAGGGUCCAAUACCCCAUGGGAAUCUCUGUGGGGAAAUGCACCUUUUUUUUCCCCAUUUCUUGGCCUUGAAGGGAAGUCAGACCCUACAGUGAUGAUGGGGUGACACAGAAAGUCAUUUUAAGGACUGCAGCUGCCACUUGUUUCCUGGGUGGUUUUGGGAUCGCGAUGGGAAAGCACACUGAUGGCACUGGGGACAUAGCAGAGAAGGCAUCAGGGAGAAGGCAGUCACUGAAGAACCAAGGUGUCCAGAAGGUCAAGGUGAAAGUAUUACUACUCCUGCAUCCCGCCCAUCUCUCAGGAUGCGUGUACACACAUGCCACUGGCUAAGGGAGUAAAUGCACACAGUUGUGCAUUUUUGGCCCCUGUUAUGGUGAUGUUGUUUUGCAGGUCUAACACAUGCAAGUGUAUAAUUCAAGUGAUUAAGGGACACAGUUUGGGAUGAGCUUGUACACUUAUAAUCAGAAGUGAAAGUCUAGUCCAGGGGGGAGAGGGACAUUUGCCAUUAAAUGUUCAUUGGUGCUCAGGAGCAGAUUUAUCUCAUAACUCUCCACAGCAAGAGGCCCAUAACACAUGGUAACGUGUGCAUCCAUGACCAUGCAGAUACAAAUAUACAUUUUACUACAUUUAGCUAUAUAAAUGUCAUUUCCAAAAUGGCAGACAUUCUCCUAUAAAUGGAGACUUUGCAGGGGCUUUUAGCAAUUACUGGCAAGCAGUUUAUUUCCAUGAAUGAGUAGACAUUAUUGCUUACACUUUUCCCUGAUCACAGAAUCAUAGAAUGGUUUGGAUUAGAAGGGACCUUGAAAAGCAUCUAGUUCCAACUCUCUGCCAUGGGCAGGGACACCUUCCACCAGACCAGGUUUCUCAAAGCCCUGUCCAACCUGGCCUUGAACACUUCCAGGGAUGGGGCAUCCAGAAAUUCUUCAGGCAACAUGUUCCUGUGCCCAACCACCCUCAUGAUGAAGAAUUUCUUCCUUGUACCUUAACUAAUCUAUACAUCUUUCUUUUAUUCCAAUUUUGAAAUAUUUACAGCCUCCAGCCCCUUCAAAGAAUCCAGAAGGGUAAAAAAGGUUAGUCUGCAGGUUUACUGCCUCUCUAUCCCAAUUCUUUACAGACCUGUGGGGGAGAAAAUGAGGAUAAAGUCUGUUUAAGCACACAUAUGCAUACAGAGAAAUUCCCGAAUUCUGGCUCAUUUACUUUCCUCUGUUGCAGCUGCACCUGUGAUUCAUCAGGCCCUGAGAAAUACCCUAGAAGGGGCUGGAGGGAAGGAAGUCUUGAGCUCUGCUGUGCUGCAUUCAGGCAAAUUAUUUGCUUCUCACCUGAGGGAGGGCCCCUCUUUCAUUUAGCAUCUUGCAUCAGAAGAGGCAAUGCCAGGCCUGGUCUCUGAAGAUCCACGUGUAGAGCAUCAUUUAGAGUGGACAGGGAUGCCUUUGCUGGCAGGAGAGGAAGGAUAAUGUUGUGUGAAAUAUAACUUGAGUGUCUAAAACUUUGCAUUUCUCUUUGAUGCCCUUAAUCUCCAAGCUCUCCCAAGUCUGGAAAAAUGGGCUCAAGACCUUCAAGAGGUAAAUUUGGUCUGAUGCAAAUGACUUCUCUGGACCCACAAUGGUGUGACCAGCUAAGGAUAUGGUCCCCUUUCUCCAAAUUUGCCAAUCAGGCCAUUCCCCAGAGCACACAUACUUUGGUUAAGCAGCAUCUCUCACUUCUUUGCACUGACUUCGUUAUACUAUUGCACCAUCAGACUUUGCUGCUUCCACAAACCCAGUGCAGGAUGGUGAACAGCAGCUUUGACAUCAGUCUACUCUCACAAGUCCUAUUUAAGGGAGAAGGAAGGUCCCUGUCAGCCUGAGCUGGACUGCAGUUGGGUUGCAUUACUAUUGUUUACAGUGUGUAUAUAAGUGUACAUUUUCUUUAGCAGACAUUGAAAUUUUUUAUGUAUAGAUGUUUAUUUUUCAUCCCCAGAUGUAUUUAUUAGCCGGAGUAUUUCUGUUUUGUGAUUCGAGUUCUGUCGGAUUGGUGUAAGCUCUAUGAAACAGAAUGCACAUAUUUUUGUUUGUUUGUACCAAAUACAUGCACAAACCUGUCUAAAA